CUUCCGCGUUUAUCUUUUCGUUUUCUCAUUUAUUUCUCCGUUUGUUUUUCCUUGUUGUGUUUUUUUUUGUCUUCCAUGACUUCUUCUCCCUCCCGCUAUCUGGAACCUUCACCAUGAGAGCUCCACCUCCGAUGUGCUUCUAGCUCUCCUUUCCAAAGGAGAUUGUGAAGAUUGGGGAAGAGGAUAACUUUCAGAGAUUAGGCAAUGUCUCGAUCUGGAAAUACUCAUUGGUGUUACCAAUGCAACUCUAUGGUUAAUGUCUCUGCAAGGGACACUUCCUGUUCAAGGUGCGGAGGUGGUUUUGUUCAGGAGCUUGAGGAAGUGAACAGUCAUGGUAUUCUUGACUUGCUUGGUGUCGAUUAUGACGAUCAGUCCAGUGUCCGGCUGAUGGAAACUUUGUCAGCUUUCCUUAGUUCACGGUCAGGGAGAAGCCGUGAGACUGAUCCAAGAGGAAGAUUUCCAGGUCAAGGUCGGCCUGUAGGACUUGGAUCAAGCCCUUUCGUGGUAUUCAGAGGACAAAUACCUGCUGAGAUGGUUAACAAUGGUGGGAUGCAAGUAAUCUUCAAUGGGGGAUCAGGAAUUGGACUCAGGCGCCUCCCUGCCAAUUUUAGUGAUUAUUUUAUGGACCAGGAUCUCGAGGAACUGAUUGAACAAUUAACCAUGAGUGACAGGAGAGGCCCUCCCCCAGCACCGCGUUCUGCUAUCGAAGCUAUGCCCACCAUCAAGAUCAGUCAGAGGCACCUGCGUGUUGACUCCCACUGUCCAGUUUGCCAAGAGAAGUUUGAGAUUGGUACAGAAGCUCGGGAAAUGCCUUGCAAGCACAUCUACCACUGUGAAUGCAUCGUGCCUUGGUUGGUCCAACACAAUUCUUGCCCCGUCUGUCGUCACCAACUGCCAACACAGGCUACCAGCAGUUCAAUUGGCAGCAGCAGCAACAGGAACUCGACUUUUGGCAAUGGAAACCCACGGGACGGCUAUAUGAACUCUGAAAAUCAAGGAAGGCGUAACCCCUUUUCCUUUGUAUGGCCUUUUCGCUCUGGAAGCUCAAACUCUAGCCAUGGCUCCCCAGGAAGUAGCUCAGCUGCUCCCGAGCAUAACGUUCCAAGGGGUUACAGCGGCUGGCCUUUCUUCGAUUAAUCUGUGAUUGCAUCUUCAUCCUAGAAUGCAGCAUUCUAUAACCCUGGUAUAGGACCUUUCUCUGUUACUUUUUAUAUUAGAUACCGUCUCUCUGUUUUGUAGAUAAUGGGUUCCUCGGCACUCUGUCGUGGUUCUUCAACACUAAUUGUUGUGGAUGAAUAUUGCAGCUGUCAUUUUGCAUUCAACCAGUGUGAUGAGACCCAGGCAAGUGGAUGUACUACGUGUAUUUGUUCAGUGCUUACCCUCUUCUAGCAUGAAUUGGCUACCGGGUCUCGCAUUUGCAUUGACUGGAGUAAUACCUUGUUAUGGAUUCAUCCUGUAGUGUAUAUAUAUACAGGCACACACACACUAUGGGUGUUCUGUUUUUAACCAUC